AUGCUCUCUUCCACAUCUCUGGGACAAAAGGACCGUCUUCGGAGAACCAAAUCAACUCGCUCCAUCCGCAGACCGCGUCAAGAUUCGGUGUCGGCCGAACCGUUUGACUUGGAGACUGCGAGACAGCAUGCCACCGCGGCCGCGUCUCUAGCCAUGCGACGUUCGACCGAGAGAUCCUCCCUAGACUCCCAGCGCUCCUACGAUCGUCUGGGAGGCCCGGGAAGCAUGGCUGUGCCUCGACGAAGACAUCGCCCCGACGCUUAUCCUCACUCUUCUGCCGAUGGUCUAGAUGCUACUCAUACUUGUUCGCAGCCAACCGACGAGUCUUCCGGGGACUACGAUCCCAUGUCGCUAGCAAUGCUGCCCCCUAUCAGUGAAUUCGGGGGCUUAGAUGGCCGCGACUCCUCCCUGCCUUCGUCGUAUCGGCGGCUUCGUAAGACGCGGUCGAUGUUUGCCACCGGCCAACGCUUCUCCCGCAGAAGCACUGGAGUGUCUUCUCAUUCCUACGCACAUCCUGCAAGCGAUGGGCUAUCGCCAUCCGAGGUACCACGCGCGCCCGGGACCUUAAGGCGCUCAUUGUCCUUCUUCAGAGGCGAUCAAGGUGCAUCCGAUUCAAUGGACCAUGCGGCGAGUCAUAACGCCGCAAUCCAGAUGGCCCGCAGCCAGUUUCAGAAGCAGUCCGUGCCCGACCUGGACCGAUACAGACAUCCCUCCUUCCUUGCAGGUAGACCAAAACGAGAGCACAAGCCGUUAAGAAAGACGUUUCGCGACAUCAGCACGGCCGACGGUGCCCUGGUUAGCACACCUUCUCCGCGCGGCUCGUUCAAUAGCGGUUCAUCUCAUGCAAGGACCCGGUCCUUUUCAUCCUCCAUCAAAAGGGGAAUCAAGCGCGCUCUGGGCCUGUCGAAGCAUGUCGCGGUACCCGAACAUGCACAGGACUCGCAAUCUUCCUCCAAUUACCACCCUGCCGAUCCCUGUCUGAUCAAGUCGGCAGCAGAAAACUCUUCUUCGAACGAGAACGCGCCACCGUACCCUGCCGACGGCCUGCGUGAGUUAACCAGUCCAAGUGCGAGUCGAUCGGCCACUAUUCGAAGCGCUCGCAGUAUUGACAGCUUUGCCACUACGCGAUCGCGCGUGACCAGUUGGGCCGACUCGUCCGCAGCCAACACCAUCACCACCAUGAAGGCAGGCGAUCGGGGCUCAUUGUCCGUCAUCGACGAGAAAGGCGUCUUGAGUCGGAAAUUUGAUGCGACCACUCCGGACCUGCCGUCGCCGGCUCCCGACACCAUUUCCGGCCGCCUGAAGCCAGACGGCACCGUUGAUAGUCGACGAUUGUAUGCGGCGUUGAUGAAGCGGAUCCGCGGCAGCGGCGCAAACGACUCAACCGAAGAGGUUGUGUUUGGCCAGGUCAAAGAGCAUCGCGCUGUUCCGACGCGAGCAUCUUCUCUGCGCCCGCGUCGCAGUAGACAAACAAUUCGCCACAUCCCCAGCGAGGACUCGGUCACUUCUCCCAAAUCGUUUGCGACAGCCCGCGAUGCGCCGACUCCCCAGGUCCAGGUGCACCGGCGGCCUCAGGACCCUAUCUCGCUACGAGACCUCCGAUAUCUGGAAGCCAGCAAUCGAAAAUCGGCCGAUCUCAAAGAUGGACUCUUUGAAUCGACAAAGAGCCUGGAGGAUGAUACGAGCGGUAUUAUCAUGGCCAGUGUGCAACCACGGGGCAGCCCUUCCGAUUCCUCCAGCAUUUAUUCACGCACAACGAGUGGAAACACACCCCCGAAGAAAGAUCAGCGAGCCAACUCGCACUCCUCGGGACCGGAAGACGAGCCGGGAGUCGCAACGAUAUAUGCCAGCCAGCGGUCGGCUUACAGCUCUCCGAACCGAGAUUCCGUGUCUCCUCGACGAGUACCUUCCUUGCAACCCAGCGCCGAUUGGCAGCAAUGGAUGCGGUCUCAGAUGGAGAGGAUCGAGGACUUCCCGGCGCGGAGAGAUCAUUACCGAGAGGACGCGCAGAUCUAUGGCGAAGACGAUUUCCCGCUGAGAGCCUUGUCACGGCGGAUGAGAGCUCCCGAAGACGGCAUGACCAGGCAGGAGGACUCCGCGCGACCGUCUUAUAAUUACUCUCGACCGUUUAGCCGAUCGUCUAGUGUCCGCACUAUCGUAAACGUUCCCAGGGAGCAGGCUGGCAGCACGGCCGUGCCUUCUCCGUCCGCCAUCCCGAUCCUUUACAAACCAUCGGGCAGCACGCCGGAGAAGACCUUCUCGCCUGUUCGAGGUCGGAAGAGAGACGGCAAUCCCGCAUCAGCACCGAUGCAGCUGCGGCCGAGCAAUCGAAUUCGUUACUCCAUUUCUCCGACUCCCAAGCGAGACGCGAGCGAGACCCAACAGAAAAUGGCCGUCGGCGGACUGUACGACAGAUAUCAGACGAAACGGUCCCCAGUUCCUCACGACGGUAAAACCCUCUACGUGCGAUCCGUCCGCGGCCAUCGCGACGCGGCCAGGGUGACCAACGAGAACCUGAAGGCCAACCAGGAGCAGGGCGACUUCAAAGAUCCCUGGCAUCAACCUCCAGGCAUGGGAUCCCCCGUUUCCAGCAAGCGCAUGGUGGAAAUGUUCUUGAAUAGCCGUCGUCAACAGAUGGGCACGGGUAUGUUGGACGAGGACAAGACUUCCGACGGGGCUUUUGUUUGA